GAGCUGAGCCAGACCGUACUUACUACGUACAACCUGUUCCACGAAAAGCAGAUGAACAUUAAAGAAGUGGCUAAAUCACGGAACUUGGUGGAAGGAACAAUUUUUGGCCAUCUUUCGGAUGCUUUGAAGGCUGGAUAUCCAGUGGAUUACAAGAGAGUGGGACUCACUGCAGAAAUGCAAGAGCUGGUGACGAAGACAAUCAGGUCACCUCCUAUCAAUUCAGACAUCAGCAAGUUGUCAGCAAUCAAAGAUCGUUUGCCUCCUCAUGUGUCGAAUGGUCACAUUAAAUUGGUCAUCGCUAUUUUGGAGCUCUCGUGUGGAGCAUUCUCUCAGGGCACCCCAGCUGAGCCCCAGAGCCAAAGAUUCUUCAAGUCUGGCACCCAACCGAUAAAGUGCGCAAGUAAACCCGCACCUGCUUCUCAAGAAACUGCGAGGAAGCUUCCAGGAUGGCUCUCUGGAAAACCAGGAGGGAAGAGAAAGAAUCCUUUUUGAAGGCAAAAGCGGUGACUGUGACUUGAACUGGUUAGCCAUCAUCAGCUUAGCUCUCACAAGCAUUAGAUGGCUAACAACAGGAGCUCAUGACUAAAAGUGACACUGUACAAAAAUAGAAUUUUUUUUCUGUCAGAGUAAAUGUGUAUCUAAUUGUGAAAAUAAAUUGAGAUUUAUAAUA